GAGAUAUUGACAAUCCAUUCAGUUAUUGCGGGGUCAUUUUCGGAAACUUGCUUGGAGUAAAGAGAUUUCCGCUCAUAAAACUUGACUAACCCGCGUUCUUAAACUUCUCAAUUGUUGAGUUGACGUGGAAAUUAUCUCUAACAUCUUUCUUGGUAUACUUGAUAGCGAUAAUCAAUUUUUGGGACGAAAAUGGCGGACAGGAACAUUGGUCUCUUCUAACGGUUAGGACUAUGUACAAGCUAGUUCGCACUUGGAGUCGCGUGAUGCUGCUGUCAAUUGUCAUAAAUAACAACAAAUUAACCUAAACCAUUAGUCAUUAGUAUUUUUUCGAAUAAUUUAAAAAUAUAGUAUGGCUUUCAACUUCCCUGCAUUUUCUUACAUAGUUGCCUUAAUCAUCGAUGCAUUCCUCAUAUUCUUCUCCCUGUUUCACGUUAUAGCGUUCGAUGAGCUGAAGACCGACUAUAAAAACCCCAUAGACCAAUGUAACAGCCUAAACCCGCAGCUCGUCUUACCGGAGUACCUGCUUCACCUACUCUUCAACCUGCUCUUUGCAGUAGCAGGAGAAUGGUUCUCGUUAUUCUUAAACAUACCACUCAUAGCCUAUCACAUCAAUCGCUACAGAACAAGACCAGUGAUGUCUGGGUAUGGGAUCUAUGAUCCAACGAGCAUCAUGAAUGCAGAUGUGCUCACAAGAUGCCAGCGAGAGGGCUGGAUCAAGUUGGCAUUCUAUCUGCUAAGCUUCUUUUAUUACUUAUACGGGUAUGUUAUUGCAUUAGAGCUAGAACGGGAACAUGUGGAACAUACAUGAUGAUUGCCUGGGAGAUUAUGAGGUCUAAUUUGGAGAAAAUUCUAAUGAUGUAGAAAGAUUGUUUAUAUGUAAAUAUGGACUACUUUUUAUCCAGUGAAGUUAUUACAAGCUUUUUGCUUAUAAAAGAUAGUUGUAAAAGUGAAAUGAUGUAACAGACAUGCUCUAAAGUUAAUGAGUCAAAAAUAAAGUAUAUGUAUAAGUAACUUUACUGAUAACAGAUAUGGCUUGAAAUCAUAUUCUCUCUUGCAUAGCACAUAUCAGCAAGAUUUUGACUAAAAUCAGAGGUUUAAAGCUUCUGUAGUUAUUGUUAUGCAAUAUACAGUGGAAUAGUGCAUUAACAUUAGACAAAUAAAGAAUAGGAGUACUGUAACUAUAUGAAGAUAAAAUGUAUGUUCCAUAUAGUUAGAAAUAUAUAUAUAUAUAAUAAGUGUUGGACUUGCAAAGGCUAACAUGUGCUAAGAUCAAAAUUCUUUAAAUUUAACUCGAUACAUGACUGAUUUUUUAAGUCUUAUUUAAUAUACAAUAAGGAAUAAUUGAUGUAUGGACUUUGGGAUAUUAGUUCCUUAAUCAAACUUAUGUAUGACUUAUUGUUUGUUAAAACAAUAGAUGUACAAUUUAUGGAUAUAGCUGUUAUUUGAUGAAACUCUAUGAUAACAUUUUAUGCAGAUCUUUAUUUCUACCAUAAUAAACGAAACAUGAGAUUUUUAUGAUGCAUAUUGUGGUUAACACAUGCUCAAGGAUAUGAAUACUUUAUUCACAGUGCUAAAUAAAUAAAAAUAAGUUUGUAGUGUCAGAAUUGAUGACUAACAAGGUGGUCAAUAUGUUUAUCAUGAUAGAAAUGUAACUUUGUAUAAAGAUGUUCUGUACUCUAUAGGAAUAUCUAGGCUCUACUCAUUAAAACCCUUAUUAUUUUAUUUUUAUAAAUUCUAAUUAUUCACCUAUCAGCAAUAAUAUUAGCUCUAGUUUUAUGUGACUGAUUUUUUAUUGUUUUAUGUGAUUUUACUGAGCUUUUGCAGUGUCCUGCAGCAGAUCCUUUUGCAAGCUAAAAAUAAAAUAUACAUUACAGGCAUACUGUGCCAAAUCUAGGAUUUCACAUCGUGAUUUAGGAUAAAAUGUCCCUCUAACACUUGACAUAAUUGAGUAUUUCAAGGAUUAUGUAGAUGUGUUUAACAGAUAAGGUUCACUACUCCAGAGCACAGCUUGUUAGAUCUUGAAUUGCGAGCAUUAACAUAGCUUUAUUUCCAAUAUUAUCAUAUAGGGCCUUGGAUUAAGAGGGGGGGCAUUCAUCACCCCAAAAAACCCAAGCUGUUAUCUUAUUUUGGUACGAAAAUUAUCUUGCUAGACCUAAAUCGUGAGGAUGUGCGCUUUUCUCGACACAUCCUACCUCCACUCUCCAAUUGUCACAAAGGCAUUCACUAUCAGAAGUUCUGCUAGUCUGAUGAAGUAGAGGUCGUUGUUUGCAGUUAGAUUUACAAACUUAACGCUUUCCAAGUACUGAUCAUAAAGGCUAACUUCGCCGUUCUAUACUGACAAAAUACCUACAAUGCUUGCUUGCGAUUGUUGGCGGAUCGACCAUGAAAUGCAUUUAAGAUGCCCAAAUGCCAGAUAAUUUGUUAUAAUUUAUAAUAUUAUUUAUUAACUUAAAGUAUUCUCCAAGAAGAUGCCCAAUUAUAUGUUGUAUGUUAUGUAUGCAAUUUCUGGUUAACUCUAACCUAUGUGUUUUUCAAGUACUGGGUAACAAACUCAUAAUUGUUGAUGUGACCACUCCUAUGAUAAUAUUGUGCGCUCUGCGUUUACAGAGCUCGGACUUUGUCAUGUGCCAUAUAAAACGAAUCGUGCACUAUUACGCGAAAAAACUUAUUCAUUCAUCUGUCGUUGUUAAACGUUAUUAUUCGAGAGUUAUGUUCUGAUCAACCAUGAAGCCGCAGUGAACCCGUGAUUGAAAAAUCGGACAUUAUAAAUAAUUAAAACAUACUCCAUUCUACUUUCAAAGUAAACUUUGUCACACCAAGUUGCCAAGGAAAGAUUACCACUAAAUCUGCCUCUUAGUGCAGUAGAUUUCCUAUUAGAAUUUCUCGUCAGGAAAUCCCAUAACCUGCGACAAUAGUCCGAGAGGUGGUAACUGUGGCACGUAAAAAGGGUGGUCGACACAUAGUGUUUUUCAAAAAGAUUUUUUUUAUUUUUUGAUGGGGUCAAACUGAAUGAUAUAUGUGUUAAUAUCCAACUAAAGUGGGUCAAGAAAUGAAGAUUUUGAACACCUAAUAACAAAUAAAAAGACAGCAGGGAUAUUCGGUUUGCUGCUCUGGGAGCUUUGGCGCUUAAAAUUGGGACUGAAUGUAAUUCAUUUGUAAUGUAAAAGUUAGUAAAUUCUGUUGUAUGUACUUCAUUCUUAUUUAUCGUGUAAACUCUAAUCAUUUUGUUUAAAUGGUACAUUAGAUUGUAACACUGCUGAAUGUUUUGUACAAAUAAAAUAUAUACACUAAAAUAUGUUUUACUUUGCUGUUUAUUUUCAAAA